AUGCUAAAACGCGCCGGAUCCAACGGCGAUGAACCUUCCCAAAAGCGCCUCAGAACUGAUCAAGGGAAUUCGACAGCACCAUCGGCACUGACGGAUAAUCGUGCAUGGGCAUUUAUGGAACAGUUCCUCAUGACCACGAUGACGUACUCAGAGAUGGAGGACGCGUUUUACAUGUACCUGGGCGAUCGGUACUCUCCAGAUGACUGGGCGGAAGCCAGAGAUGCGUUAUGGUCCGGUGAGGGGGAACGACGAGGGGUUUCGUUGGAAAACCUUCUCCGCGUGAAGGACAAAUACCUGCCUUGGGGUCUCCUCUGUGCCAACAGAAGGUUCUUCCGUGUCCAGAUCUGCAUCGAGGACGGUCGGUCGCUUGUCAAUCUCACGCGUUCGACGAUCACAAAAACAACGCAAAAAAAAGAUGACGAUGAGGAUGAGGAACGGGAGGAGGAUGAAGCAGAAGAUGUCGAUCAUCGUGGUGGAACGUCGCGCGGUCGCCGCCGACCAUGCGAUUGCCAGGAAACGUCGGCAAAAGAGAGAUUGGCUGCAACUAUUGCAGACAUGGUCAUCAGGUUUGAAGAGAAUCCAUCGCACUCAUCACAAGGUCGCCAGGGCGUCACCCACAGAGACACCUCGUUUUCUGACGCAAUCGUGUCAGCCUCAGGCCAAAUGCAGCCAGCUGACAAAAGGAUGUAUCUGCUUCAUGUACAAAGAGCUUCCACUGAAUAUAUCGCCGAACAUCUUCGGAGGCAACAACUUCCUGUUACCGUCUCACCUUGGGUAGCAGGCCAGCUUUAUGUGGUGACUGAUUCCUUCAAGUCCAUUGUCAACUCAAUUCCUGCAUCACAUACUCUCGCCCUAAAGGAGUGUCUUCGCAUCACGGAGGCAGAACGUGAAGCAGUUGAACGUUCACGCUCCGAACUUCCCAACCAGGCGUGGGUGAGGAUCAGGGACGGGAAGUACAAGGGUGAUAUCGCCCAAGUCUUCAAUCCUAGUCUCCCAAAUGGUCUUGUCGCAGUCUUAAUUGCUUCACGGAACCUCCCCUAUCCCGUGCCUCGAAGAUCUCAAGCGCUGCUCGAGCGAUCUCGCCUUCCGAAUUCCAAGGCGGUGUCUGAUAUACUUCGUGAUGGCGCAGUAGUAGGACUAAUGUACAAAGGAGAAAGUUACUAUAGGGGCCUCCUACUCAAAAACUUCCCCCGCGAUCGUCUAGAACUCGUCGUCUCCCCUCACGUCGAUGAUAUUCAUCUGCAUCUCCAAUCUGGAUGGGACAAGCCAUUCCUGAAGAAAACUGUCGUGGCGUUUUCCACUCGGUUCCUGCGUGUGGGGGAUUAUGCGAGGGUCAUCCAAGGUUCUCUUCGUGGAGAGCUCGGCAAGAUCGUCUCGAUUGACCAUACUUGCGAUUCUGUUGGUUUGGAAUUGACCUUUCAUGGAGGUUUGGAAGACAUAGAACUUCCACUCCAGGACUUAGAGCGCGUCUUCCGGGUCGGCGACUCUGUUAGAGUUGUAGCUGGUUCGUUCUUGGGUUUAGAAGGAUACAUCAUCCAAAUGGAUGAGGACAUUUUUCGCAUUUGUCAAGCGGUCUCCAAGGAAGAGGUGGAAAUUUCAAAGUACUACUUAGAUCGGCGUCCGUUGAGUCAUGCACUCCCAUCACAGCUACCAACGCAGCAAUAUUUCGAGCCUUCCCCUGACUCCGAAUCUAUUGAAAUCGGGGAUAACAUACGAGUUGGGGACGGACCACAUGCGGGAAAGUUUGGCAUCGUGACCUGGAUUACUAGUGGAUCAACUUAUCUGUGGUUCCGCGAUGUCUGCACUCAGGACGACACGGAGUCCAGUGGUGAACUAUCGAGUAUCUCAGUUCCCACAGCAUUUGUUCAGCGGACGAACCUCACCCACACACUUCAAUACACGAAGGAAAGGGGUUAUGACGUCAGGCCAGGAGACGUCGUGAGUGUUGUCCGUGGGCCAGAAUAUGAAGCAAAAGGGUUCGUGCAUAGCGUCGACUUUCCAAACGCUCGGUUGACCCUGGUAUCUGACGGUGACCGCUCGCUCGUCGAUGUUCCAAUGAGAUUCGUGGCAAAAAUUCGCAAUGCCAGCUUGGAUGCGUUUCGCAACGAUAUUGGCCAAGAAGUCUUCAUUAUCGGGGGCUACCAGAAGGGCUAUCGAGCCACACUGUGCGAUCUCACCUCCGAGAAUUGCACCGUUACUGUGCAUGGGCAGCGGCGCACCACGGUUAAACUCCCAGACGUCGUCACUAAGUAUGGAAUGAGGCUAAACGGGGCGAUGCUCGAAGGCGCCGAGUUCAUCUCGUUCUGUGACAUGCGGAAACGAUCGUUCCAAGCACUACCACCUCGAAGCAUCACCCCGCCUGUCGAAGAUGUUCCCGCUUCCACCAUAAAUCCCACCCCGCUGAUCGAAGAUGUUCCCGCUUCCACCGUAAAUCACACCCCGCCUGUCGAAGAUGUUCCCGCUUCCACCAUACAUCCCACCCCGCCUGUCGAAGAUGUUCCCGCUUCCACCAUAAAUCCCACCCCGCCUGUCGAAGAUGUUCCCGCUUCCACCAUAGAUCCCACCCCAUCUUUAUCUAGCGCGUGGUCCACUUGGUCCGCAAGGCCAGAGAACACUGAUAUGACGCAUAACCCGACGUCGAGCGUCAAUCCCAGCCCAUCGACAAACGACCCCUGGACUGUCGAUAAGCAAGACAUCCAACAGAGCAAUGACGCCAGAGUGUGCAAACCGCGAGACAGCACCCCAAUCCCUUGGUUAAUGAGCAAGGAGUUUGCCUCGAAGCUCUUCACAUAUCAUGUGGUGUUGAAGGUCUCCCCGAAAUUCGAAGGAGGAUGGCUAGCCAAGCGAUUUGUAUCAACAGCUUGUCCUGACCCCUUCUGUGGAGAGAAUGGACCCGCACCUGAGGAUUGUGUCGCAGUAUUCUGCACAUCUAAUCACACGGGCGCCAAACUCCAACACCGUCAUAUCCCUGCCCAGGAUCUCAGCCCGGCCCCACCACGCAAAAAACACCAACAGUGUCUUGUUCUGGACGGGACUCAUCGCGGACUUAUUGUAACUAUAUCAAAGUGUAGCUCCGCGAAUCGUACUAUCGAGUUCAUCAUUGCGGGUACCGUUACCUCAACUCUACGUUUCGAUCAGAUAUGUCUAGUGGAACCCUCAAAACAUGGGAUAUAA